AGCGCUCCGUCUACACCAACAACCCAUCGCCGCAAGCAAGCUUGCGUGACGGCAUGAGUGGGGGGCAGCUGUCCCAACGCAUGAGCAACAUCUCGCUGUCCGACGGCACGGACUACGUGGGCCACAUGGAUCGCGGCAGCAGCUCCAGUCUCGCUAGCAGCGCCAUCGUUGGCACCAACACCAUCACCAGCGGCAUUUCCAAGGAGUGCGCCAAUUACCCCGUCGGCAGUCAGUCGGCCCGUCCAUACGUCCAACUGCCGGGCAUACACAUUUCCAACCCUCCCCAGUACGGGCCAGGGAAUAUGCAGGAAAUAGACGCAGGCAAAAUGGCGCACAACGGCAAGGCACUCACAGGGCGCUACAAUGCCACGCCCACCUAUGGCUUCGACCACGAGCAGAACUACUGCCUGUUGCCGUCUCCAAUGCCCCCUCCACCAUACGCCUUGGCACGCGUGAGCAGCACACGCAACUUCGAGAUCGAGAACCACACACCGCCGGCAUGUCCCGGCUCUGGACCCAUUGCCAUGACUAACGGCACCAUUCAGUUGCGCCUCCGCGAUGGCGUGCGCAUUGACAUGACUCUGGACAAGGCGGUGCGCGUGCUCAAUCAGCGCAGCAUGGUGGCAGUUGCUCUAUCACGCAACUGCAGCAACUCGGCUUUGAUCCACCCCAAUGGACGCAUCUUGCAGAGCGGCGCUAAAGUCGAAAUAGUCACCUACGACGGCAUGAAGGGCAAUAACUUUGUUCGCUAUGCCAAGAUGUGGUACAAGGGUGUGAGCUUCACCAGCGAGGCGUGCGCUCUCAUCUACCUGGUGGACACAGCCGGGACGCGCACCACAACCGACACUUUCACCGAUCUGACCAAAGACUACACCCUGGCAGUGUUCUAUGAGUCUGGGUUCCGAUUGCUCGACAUGGGCGCAACACAGCCAUACCACCAACCCCCAGGGAAUACUAGAUGUCUUUCGUUUACCAUUGCCUACAUAUAUAUCAUGCCGUAUAUAUGCGUGUAUUACUAGUUGUUAUUGCAAAUCGGGAGCGCUUUCCUGCUUCCCCAAAUCAGUUGGCCAAAUCAGACCGAUCUCAAGCUGAAGCG